AUGUCUGAAUCCGACGUUAUUAUACCUGAAAUUAAAUUGGAAGAUAUACCAGUUGAUGACAUUGAUUUUUCCGAUUUGGAAAAGGAAUACUCCUUUGAUGAUGAUUUCAAUUUCGAUCAAUACGUUGUAGUUAAUGGUGCACCAGUUAUCCCAGAAUCUAAAGUUCCAGUCUUACAAAAGGCUCUUACUGGGUUAUUCUCCAAAGCUGGUAAAGUUGUUAACAUGGAAUUCCCAAUUGAUUCAGAAACUAAGAAAACUAAAGGUUUUUUAUUUGUAGAAUGUGGAUCUGUCGAUGAUGCCAAGAAGAUUUUGAAAAGUUUCAAUGGUAAAAGAUUGGAUUUAAAACAUCGUUUAUUCAUUUAUACUAUGAAAGAUGUUGAAAAAUAUAAUAGUGAUAAAUUCGAAACUGAAUUUAAAGAACCUCAUAUCCCAGAAUUCGUUUCUUCUACUUCAUUGAAAUCUUGGUUAUUAGAUGAAGAAGUUAGAGAUCAAUUUGUCAUCCAAAGAGAUAAUAUUACUACCGUUGCUUGGAACUCCAUGUUCCAUGGUUUCGAAGAAGUGGAAACUAGAAAUAAUUGGUCUACUAAUUAUGUUAGAUUCUCACCAAAGGGUACUUACUUGUUUUCUUACCAUGUUCAAGGUGUUACCGCUUGGGGUGGUCCUCAUUUUGAUAGAUUAAGAAGAUUUUAUCAUCCAAAUGUUAGAACUUCAUCUGUUUCUCCGAAUGAAAAAUAUUUAGUUACAUUCUCAAGUACUCCAAUUGAAAUUAAUGAAAAUGAUGUUGAAAAUGUCGAAAAUGAAUCUCCAUUUACCAAGAAGAAUGAAGGUCAUCAAUUAUGUAUUUGGGAAAUUUCUUCUGGGUUAUUAUUAGCUACUUUCCCCGUUAUUAAGAAUCCUAAUUUAGAAUGGCCAUUAGUUAGAUGGUCAUACAACGAUAAGUAUUGUGCCCGUCUAGUUAAUGAUACACUAGUUGUUCAUGAUUGUGAUAAGAAACUUGCUCCAAUUGAUAGUAAAGCAUUGAAAGUUUCCGGUAUUAGAGAUUUCUCAUUUGCUCCAACUGGUGUUGAAUUACAACCGUUUAGAAAAGGUGAUGAACCAUCCGUUUUAUUAUCUUACUGGACUCCAGAAACGAAUAACAUGUCAUGUAAGGCUACUGUAGUGGAAGUCCCACGUGGUAGAGUAUUGAAAACUGUUAAUUUGGUUCAAGUUUCCAAUGUUACAUUACAUUGGCAAGAUGAAUCUAAAUUCCUAUGUUUCAAUGUGGAAAGACAUACUAAAUCUGGUAAGACUCAAUUUAGUAACUUAGAAAUUUGUAGAUUGACUGAAAAGGAUAUUCCAGUGGAAAUUGAAUUAAAGGAUUGUGUUAUUGGAUUUGAAUGGGAACCAAAGGGUAAUAGAUUUGUUACCAUCUCUGUUAAAGAUACUGGUGAUGAUAACAUUGCUAUUCCAAACAAUAUUAUUGGAUUCUAUGCUCCAGAACAAAACGUCUCUAAGAAGAAUGCUGAUACUAUUAAGAGAUGGAAGUUAGUUAAGGAUAUUCCUAACAAGUUUAGUAAUACUAUUUCUUGGUCACCAGCUGGUAGAUUUGUUGUUGUUGCUACAUUAGUCAAACCAAAUGUUCGUAAAUCAAGUCUAGAAUUUUUUGAUUUAGAUUACCCAGGUGAAAAGAAUAUAAAUGAUGCUGAUGACGUUAAUGCUUCUUUGAAAGAUGUUGCCACUCCAACAAAUACUUCAGUUACUGAUUUAACUUGGGAUCCAUCUGGUAGAUUUAUUACUGCAUGGUCAAGUUCAUUGAAACAUAAGAUUGAUAAUGGAUUUAAGAUGUAUAAUAUUGCAGGUAACCUAAUUAAGGAUGAUCUAUUACCAAAUUUCAAGAAUUUUGCAUGGAGACCAAGACCAGAAUCCUUGUUAAGUAAUGCUGAGAAGAAGAAGGUUAGAAAGAAUUUGAAAGAAUGGUCUGCUCAGUUUGAAGAACAAGAUGCCAUGGAAGCUGAUACUGCUGUUAGAGAUUUAAUUUUGAAACAACGUCAAAUGUUGAAAGAUUGGACUGUUUACAGAGCAGAAACUUCAUCCAGAUUACAAAAACAAUUUGGUUAUAAGGCAUUUGACAUUGAUUUAGGUGAAGAAUCCGGUGAUGAUUACGUUGCUGUUGAAGAAAUCAAAGAAGAAAUUGUUGAAGAAGUUAAAGAAAAAGUUACUGAAUAG